CGUCGACUCUGCUUUACACAUCUCACACGGUAAAGUUACAUAGUUCAGCUUGAAUCGGCACUGACGAAAGCAUCUUUCUGCGAAUAUGGCGCCUCCGGCAAGUGAAACAGCUGCGGUGGUUGACGGCGGUGAUGGGCAGCAGCAACGACAAGCUGGUGGGUUUGGGCAGGCAAUUACCGGAAUCAUUAGAAUCGCCGUCUUCUGCUACUUUGCUUCUAAGUUCUUUUCUCCGAAACAAAAACCAUCGGAUCCUUCUAAGCCUUCUCAUCUUAUGUCCAAUCUCUUUCAGAGGGGAGAGCCCAUGGAUAUGUGGUUUUAUCUUUCGGAGCAUGAGAAAUUCAAUGACUUUGGCAAUGAAGGUGCGCUUAUUUGGCACGAGACAAACAUACCUUAUGCUGUGUGGAAGCCAGAGAGCACUAGGACCUUGUCAAUGACAUAUUAUCCAUCCGAGGCACUGAAGAAUAAUGGAAGUCUGUAUGCUCAUGUCUUCUUUGCUCGAUCUGGUUAUCCUAUAGAUCCUAGUGAUCCUGAAUACCAGCCUCUUAACUGCUUUGGCAGGACACACCCCGUUGCAACUUACUUGCCAAAGCGAAAAGCAGAUAAGAAGAAGAGUCUGUUGGGAAAUCCCAAAGACGAUGAUGAAUCCAAUGUUGAAGUUGAGGAGGUUGAUGGUAAGGACUCGGAUCUCAAGGAUGAGGGACCUGUGGAAUGGGUUUCCUACUGGAAACCAAAUGUCACAAUUAACCUAGUCGAUGACUUUACUCGCUAUCCACAGCAUGGUGUACCACCAAACAUUGAUCCUUACUUACUGGUGGAACCUAGUACAGUAAACUACUACCCUACAGUUUUCUUUAAUGAGUUUUGGCUGCUAAGGGACAAGUUGAUUUUAAUCAAUGAGACGGUCUCAGAGCUGCCACUUAAUCUGGAAGUAAGCCCCAUAAGCAUGACAAAGUGGCAGCUGUUUCAGCAGAUUGAUCAGUCUUUUCAGAUUCACCGUAGCUAUGGAAGCAUGCUUGAUGGUGAAUCUGACGAACUAAAGAGGGUGUUUUUGGAAGGAAAUCCCUAUCUGUUGGGUGUCACAAUGUUUGUUUCGAUGCUUCAUUCUGUAUUUGACUUCCUUGCAUUCAAAAAUGAUAUCCAGUUUUGGAACAAGAACAAAUCUAUGGAAGGACUGUCUGCGAAGUCUGUCGUACUAAACUUUAUCUGUCAGUUUAUCAUCUUCCUCUACCUGCUUGACAACGACACUUCUUGGAUGAUACUGGCUAGCUCCGGAGUUGGUGUCUGCAUCGAGUUCUGGAAAAUAGGGAAAGCCAUGCGGAUUGAGGUUGAUCGAAGUGGGAUGAUUCCAAGAUUGAGGUUCCACGACCGUGAAUCCUAUGCAAGCAACAAGACCAAGGAGUAUGACGACAUCGCCAUUAAAUUCUUAUCCUAUGUGCUCCUCCUCCAUGUUGUGGGUUUCUCCAUAUAUUCACUUGCCUAUGAACGCCACAAGAGCUGGUACUCAUGGAUCCUAUCUUCACUAACGAGCUGCGUCUACAUGUUUGGUUUCAUAAUGAUGUGUCCUCAAUUGUUCAUCAACUAUAAGCUGAAGUCAGUAGCACAUUUACCAUGGAGGCAAAUGACAUAUAAGUUCCUCAACACAAUCAUCGACGAUCUCUUUGCUUUUGUCAUCAAAAUGCCAAUGCUGCAUCGCAUUUCUGUCUUCCGAGAUGAUGUGAUAUUCUUAAUAUACUUGUACCAGAGAUGGGUUUAUCCUGUGGACAGAACACGUGUCAACGAAUUUGGUUUUGGAGGUGAGGAUGAGUCUGUGGAUACAAAGAAGAUCUCUGACCAAGAAGAUGACAAGAAAACAAACUAAUUAGCUUUGUGCUUUUGUUCUUUCAAACAAUUUUUGAGUUGUUUUUGGUUCUGCUUUACGAAGUUUUGUUUAUGCUAUUUGUAUCCAAAAGGAAUUUCGUUUUGAUUUAUAUCUCUAGAAAGUUUUGUUGUUAAUACUUAACUAGAUCAUUGCACGUAUGUAUGUGCGGGGUUUCAUA